AUGUCCCAUUCCCUGCUUCCCCCCAUCCCCUUCCCUGCUUCCCCCCAUCCAUUUCCCUGCUUUCCCCCGUCCCCUUCCCUGCUUCCCCCCAUCCCCCUCCCUGCUUCCCCCCAUCCCUUUCCUUGCUUCCCCCCAUCCCCUUCCCUGCUUCCCCCCAUCCCCUUCCCUGCUUCCCCCCAUCCCCUUCCCUGCUUCCCCAUUUCCCUUUCCCUGCUUCCCCAUGUCCCUUUCCCCGGUUCCCCAUGUCCCCUUCCCUGCUUCCCCCCAUCCCCUUCCCUGCUUCCCCCCAUCCCCUUCCCUGCUUCCCCCCAUCCCCUUCCCUGCUUCCCCCCAUCCCCUUCCCUGCUUCCCCCCAUCCCCCUCCCUGCUUCCCCCCAUCCCUUUCCUUGCUUCCCCCCAUCCCCUUCCCCGCUUCCCCCCAUCCCUUUUCCCUGCUUCCCCCCAUCCCCUUUCCCUGCUUCCCCAUGUUCCUUUCCCUUCUUCCCCCCAUACCUUUCCCUGCUUCCCCAUGUCCCAUUCCCUGCUUCCCCCCAUCACUUCCCUGCUUCCCCCCAUCCCCUUCCCUGCUUCCCCCCAUCCCCUUCCCUGCUUCCCCCCAUCCCCUUCCCUGCUUCCCCCCAUCCCCUUCCCUGCUUCCCCGUUUCCCUUUCCCUGCUUCCCCAUGUCCCUUUCCCCGCUUCCCCAUGUCCCCUUCCCUGCUUCCCCCCAUCCCCUUCCCUGCUUCCCCCCAUCCCCUUCCCUGCUUCCCCAUGUCCCUUUCCCUGCUUCCCCAUUUCCCUUUCCCUGCUUCCCCAUGUCCCUUUCCCCGCUUCCCCAUGUCCCCUUCCCUGCUUCCCCCCAUCCCCUUCCCUGCUUCCCCAUGUCCCUUUCCCUGCUUCCCCAUUUCCCUUUCCCUGCUUCCCCAUGUCCCUUUCCCCGCUUCCCCAUGUCCCCUUCCCUGCUUCCCCCCAUCCCCUUCCCUGCUUCCCCCCAUCCCCUUCCCUGCUUCCCCCCAUCCCCUUCCCUGCUUCCCCCCAUCCCCUUCCCUGCUUCCCCAUGUCCCUUCCCUGCUUCCCCGCAUCCCUUUCCCUGCUUCCCCCAAUCCCUUCCCUGCUUCCCCCAAUCCCUUCCCUGCUUCCCCCCAUCCCCUUCCCUGCUUCCCCCCAUCCCCUUCCCUGCUUCCCCCCAUCCCUUUCCCUGCUUCCCCCCAUCCCGUUCCCUGCUUCCCCCCAUCCCCUGCUUCCCCCCAUCCCCUUCCCUGCUUCCCCCCAUCCCUUUCCCUGCUUCCCCAUGUUCCUUUCCCUGCUUCCCCCCAUCCCUUUCCCUGCUUCCCCAUGUCCCUUUCCCCGCUUCCCCAUGUCCCUUUCCCUGCUUCCCCGUGUCCUCUUCCACGGCGCUCACAUGCACCACUUGUCUGCUCUUCAUAUCCUCCCUCAGAUUCCUCCUCACAUGCACCACUUCCUCCUCACGGCAGUGGGGAGCUGCGAGGAGGAAGAGCAGCCACGCCUGGCGCUGGCGGCUUCCAUGGAGGGACACACUGAGGAAGGAGAGGGCGAGGUGGGAAGGUGGGCAAGGUGGGGAGCAAGGUGGGGACAUGGGCCCAUGCAGGGCAGCAAGGACGACGCCUGUCGUGCGGCAGAGGGUCAGGAGCAACAAGGGGUGUGGGCAGGAGGGGCAGCAGAGGAGGUUGAGUUGCCAGAGGAGCCAGCCGUCGUAUUGCCAGCCGUCGUAUUGCCAUUCGCUGCCCGAAUGGCACUCGGCUGCAGUGUUGGAGCAACCGAAUACGAUUUGAUUUCAAUCAGAGGGGGAAAUUUGAGCGCGAUCAAGGGGGGAAACUGA